GAUCAACUUAUGGGGCGCGUCGGAGGUGGUGACCAAAUGAGACUUUGACAAUAGAGGCUGUUAUCGAUGCUGUGCUAUGAGGUUCUGACUCGGAGCUCAGCCGGGAGGAACCGUCGUAUCUCCCUUUGAUCUCCCUGGACUUCCAAUUCCGUGGACCGUUCAAACUUUAAACAUGUGUCUCAUGGCUCGUUUCCUGAAGAGGAAAUGCUCGGUCAAUUGAAAGUUUCCGGUUGUGUCGCAAUUGUAGUAGGAUUCUAUGCGGAUUGAUCCACCUGCAACGGUGACGUUAUGGUGUUAUUUAACGAGGUGCUCACUGCGGCUCACACCAUCGUUGCGACUCGCUCCCACUCUCCCCAGAUAUCUCCUUACUCCUCCGGAAGCCUGAGGAUCCUUCAGGUUAUUCUGUUCGCCAUCUGAUCUAUCAUGUCACUCAACUCUAGUUGGACACCGGACGAAUCGUCUGAAACCCUUCUCGCAGAGAAAGGCUGGUUGCAAGGGACAGUGGCCAGCUCCAUUGCAUAUGGCAUUGGUGUUACACUGUUCUUUAUGUGCUUCCACCUCCUGAUCCGGCAAAUGACCCGCACGAACUACAAAAAGAGCCUGCCUCUACUCAUAUACAUCACCAUAGAUUUUAUCCUCGGCACCUUAUUUAUGGCAUCGCUGGCUGAUUUCACACAAUUCGCAUUCAUUCAAUAUCGCGAUUAUCCAGGCGGUCCAAACGCAUUUGAGAAUGCCAUGUUCGGCAUUCCUGUGGACAAUGUGGGAAACGUCUGUGGUUUUCUGAUGAUGGCUCUUUCAGAUGGAUUGGUCGUUUGGCGCUGCAUAGUAAUUUACAAAGGGUGUAUGGUACCAGUGUGGAUCAUCAUGUUGUUCCCUUGUCUGAUGUUCGCUGCAUCCAUCGUUAUGGGUAUAAUGUGGCUGCUUCAAUUAACCAGCAAUUCCCCAUUUUUCACCUCGACUAACAUCAACUACACCGCUCCAUAUCUCAGCCUCUCACUCGCACUGAACAUCAUCAUCACGAUCGUUAUCGUACUUCGUCUACUCACAUAUCGUCAUCGAAUUACCAAAGCUCUUGGCUCUAGGUUCGGUGCUCAGUACACGUCGAUUGCUGCGAUGAUAGUCGAAUCUGCCGCUCUUUAUUCCACAUUUUCGCUGGCACUUCUAGUACUCUUCCUUCUGAAAAAUCCCAUCUCUGCAUCAUUUAUUGAAUUGCUACCUCAGAUUCAGAUGCUUGCAAUGUUGCUCAUAGUUUUCCGGGUCGCGCAAGGAAAGGGUUGGUCUCAGGACACCAUGUCCAGGGUCAUGGCCUCGAAGCCAUCAGUGCAAGCAAUCCGUAUGGGUGAUUUCGGGUACAGUUUGCGGGAUGGCUCCAAAACGUUCACUGGUUCCUCUGGCAUUGAAGCGCAUGCAGUCUACAAGGGUAAUGACCACGAUUCAGCGGAAGCAAUUGUUGAGGAAGGUCGCUUGGAUACCUACUGAGAUAACAAUUGUAGAAUACUACGGGUCAGAGUACAUGUAAAACCAAAUAUUUAUUUAGUAUACUUUGACGAUGGACCGGCCUCAGGAUUAUUUGUACUACACAAUUAUUUUGAAAAUAACGAAACCUUGCAUUAAAUAGUGUAGUUGUUCAAUGGAAGCACAUGAAUAUUGACCGGCGUAUAUAGAAGAUAACGUAUCAGUGUCCGAAUCAUCAUGCAGUUGAUGCGCUCAAACUAUCCGCAUGCAUGUAAGUCAUUAGUAAUUGAUGGACUGCCUCACCGGAGGUCCUCAUUACGCUAACCUUUGCCUUCCAUAACUC